AUGCAGAACUACACUUCUGUGACGGAGUUUACCCUGUUGGGAAUUCCAAAUACUGAAGGGCUGGAGAAUAUGCUGUUUGUCCUCUUUCUGGCCUUCUACCUCUUCACCUUGCUGGGGAACCUGCUCAUCUUCCUCACCGUUCUGGUUUCCUCUAACCUGCACACCCCCAUGUAUUUCUUCCUGGGAAACCUGUCUGUGUUUGACAUAUUUUUCCCUUCAGUGAGUUCCCCCAAAAUGAUGCUCUACCUAAUGGGCCCAAGCCGGACCAUCUCUUACCAGGGCUGUGCCUGUCAGCUCUUCUACCACUUCCUGGGUGGCACUGAGUGCUUCCUGUACACGGUGAUGGCCUAUGACCGCUUCGUGGCUAUUUGUCACCCUUUGCGAUACACAGUCAUCAUGAGCCACAGGGUGUGUACCGGCUUGAUGUUGGGCACUUGGCUGGGCGGCUGUCUACAUGGAAGUAUCCUCACGUUUCUGGUCUUUAAGUUACCCUUCUGCGGCCCCAAUGAGGUGGAUAAUUUCUUCUGUGAUAUCCCAGGGCUGCUGCCGCUGGCCUGUGCAGACACCUCUGUAGCCCAGACCGUGAGUUUUACUAACGUGGAUGUUGUGACUCUGACAUGCUUUUUCCUUAUCCUUACUUCCUAUGGCCACAUCGUCAUUUCCAUACUGAAAAUCGGCACCUCUGCAGGCAGGCGCCGAGCUUUUUCAACCUGCAGUGCCCACCUGAUAUCAAUCUUCUUGUUUUACGGUCCAGUGAUGCUCAUCUAUCUCAGGCCCGCUUCUAGCCCCUGGCUAGAUUCUGUUAUUCAGGCGUUAAAUAACAUUGUCACUCCUUCUCUUAACCCUUUGAUUUACACUUUGAGAAACAAGGAUGUGAAAUUGGCCUUGAGGCAAGUAUUCACUCAAGUGGUCCACAUUUCUGGGAUAGAAGAAAGGUAG